UGUGAUGUGUGCGAUUAGUUUGACAGCCGAGGAUUUUCAUUUUGUAAAAUAAAAGUGCAUAAACUUGUAGACAACUGUGUUUAAAGUUAUUUAAACUUUUACGUGAAAAGUAUUUAAAAAUUCUAAUAAAUUAUUGACAGUGGUUUCCUGCCGAGGAAGAAAAUCAGUCUUCUCGGUCUCCUUUCUGUAGACAAGAUCACCUUUAAUGGCUAAAAAUACACAUAAGUCCUUCUUUUAGUGAAAGAUUAGGAUUGUAACAAUGGCGAGUCAAGAAAGUACACUUGACCCUGAAGGGGUAACUGUGUAUUUCGUUAUUCCCAGCAAAUAUGCCAGUGACAAAGAAUGUUCCGAUGACAUGUGGCUAGCUUACAAUAAAUGUGAAGAAUUGGAUAUAAAUCCAGUCUGGCUCUCAGAAAAGAAAUGCCUGAAAAUGGAGCCACAAAAGAAAGAUGUGUUUGUCAUGGAAGAGUUCGAUGGAAAGGUGUUCGAAAGCUUGAAAGCUUGCAGAUGCUCCAGAAUUGUCGGGCCCCGAUGUUUACUUUGUUGCUUCAUGAAUAACGAAAUGAUUCCGGAAGGAAGGAAUCCUGUUUUUGUAACUGCAAUGCGAGAUUUAGUCGUUUGUGCCUCUGGCUUCACACAGGAUGUUAAGGCUAAAAUUCAACUGAAGGUUGAAUACAUGGGCGGUAUUUUCGCCCGGCAAUUAUUAGGCAGCGUAACGCAUUUAGUCACAGACCGAAUAAUGUCCCAAAAACACGAGCAAGCUGUAAAAAUGAAAAUCAAAAUUAUGACAGUUGAUUGGAUAAAUGCUGUGUGGAAAGAAAACUUGACGAAUUUUGUCAAAGCAACAGACCCCUCUUUCGAAAUACACAAGUGCCCAGUGUUCAUGAAUGCAAUUGUGACAGCGACAGAUUUGAGUAAAAAUGAAAAGUUAGAAAUCAAGAAUCUCGUGACGGCGAAUGGCGGCCAAUAUAUGGGACACCUAGACGGCUCGAAAACGAACAUUCUUCUGGCCUCGGAGAAAAGUGCCUUAACUGAAAAAUUGAGGUUCGCCCUGAAUAAGGAAAUUCCGUGUUUGAAGUACCAAUGGGUAAUGGACAGCAUUGAGGCCGGAUAUGCUCUUCCUUUCGAAAAUUACGUGAUCCACAAUGCAACAAAAGCGAGCUCAACCCCAGAGAGAACUAAUGCAACUCUAAAUUUCUCGUGCAUAAGUGUAAUACCGUUCGAGAAUCAAAACGGAAUAGUGGAUGAGUCUAUAGCUUUGAGUAUGAUGAGUAGAAUGAAUAGUACGGGCGCUACAACUAGUACUCCUGCUAUCACUCCAGCAAGCACUCAAGGGAAAAAUACUCCCGAACCUGAUGUGAAUUUUUACAUUACAUUCCUCGACAAUAUUUCACUGGCCUCUGUAAAGAAACUUGGAACUUUUCUCGAUGGUUGUAACAUUUAUCUUGCCGGUCUACAAUCGAAGUAUAAGGAUAAAUUAAACAAAAUUGUCAACGUUAGUGGAGCGACAAGGUUAGAUGAGAUAACCGACUCUAUAACUCAUGUUUUGGUUGGUGAUAUUAAAAAAGCGAAGCAUGAACUCAAAGUUAUGUUCACGAGAGGCUUGAGGCCACAUAUUGUAAAUAUUAAAUGGUUGGAUGAAAGCAUGAAAUUAAAACAUCCCGCGCCAGAGGAAGAUUUUUUAAUAGAAAGUGACGACGUGCCACAAAAAGUUCCUGAGCCUCCAUCUCCUCUCAGCAAAAAGAAUUUGGAAAUGUUACAACGGCCCCAAAGGCCACCUCCUCCAAAAUUCGAUGUAAAUAAAGAGAAACCCUACGAAGCUCCCAAUGAACCAGACCUUGUUCAAGAAUAUCUGAAAAAAUCUACAGUUGCCAAUAAGUCGAUGGCGGAAGUCUUCCAAAUAAACAGAACCGAGUCAAGUGAAGAUGAGCCUAGGCCCCAUCGUCAAAGCGAAGGCCCUACUUUUAUUCCUCAGACUGGAUCUUUUAAGAAUAAGACUCGGGAAAGUGAAAGUCUUGUUCCUUUGAGUCAAACCGGGACUAUCAUAGGAAAAGUUUUUGAAGGUCUCACAUUUCUUGUAAACAUUUCUGAAGCUGACUUGUAUCAAAAUUUGGUUGUGAGAAUCGACACAAUGGGAGGACGAGUUGUCUCUCGGACUUACCCAGGAAUUCCGGACUUUGCAGUAGUUCCUAUGCUUGGUACUAUUCUAAAAUCUACAGUCAACGAAAUAGUCACCGAACUCUUUAUCGAUGAUUGUGUAGACAAAGACGAAUUGGUUCCGCUAGAAUACUACCAUCGUCCUAUUCUCUUAAAGGGUGACGCCCAACCUCUCCAGCAAUGUGUGAUAGCAAUAAGCACUUAUUCCGGACAAGAAAGGCCUUAUCUCCAAUUUUUGUCCGAAGCUUUGGGAGCAGUACAUCAAGACACAUUUGCGCGUAAGACAAAUUUGGAGAAAAAGACUUAUGCCAGCACACAUUUAAUUUGUCCUGCGCCUGAAGGACAAAAGUACAAUGCAGCUGUAAAAUGGAAACUUCCAGCUGUCAGUGCCGACUGGCUUCUAAAGUGUGCCGAGAGAAUGGAACUCGUGAGUGAAACGCCUUAUCUUAUUGGAGAAACAAUGGCAUCGCAACCUCGAGCCUUAAAUAUGAAGCCACCUUUAACAACUCCACGCACGAUGACUCCUAUGCGUAUAGCGAAUGUUCAGCAACAGGAAACGCCGGGAAUGCAAACACCGUUAGUGAACAAACGGCUCAGUGCUAUUAUGAAUAAAACACCGCAAUCGCCGUUCCAUAUUAGCACACCUGAAACACCUUACGGAAUAAUGUUUAAGGACAACCCAUCUCCGGAUACGAGAAAAGCCUGGCUUAAGUGGGCCGACAGUUUUCCUGAUUUAAGGGAAAACGAUCCUCCUCCGGCAAAAAGAAGAGCCCCGAGCACUCCAUUUUCGGAACUAAGGAGGCAAAUGUGGGAGAAACUGAAGGAACCCUUGGACGGGGAGGAAGCAGACGAGGCAAAUACAUCUCGGAAUGAAAGUAAUCGAUCAAAAACUACAGAAAAAGAAAAUUCUGUUUUUGAAUCUGAUGACACACCGACCAAUAGACAAUUGUCAUAUGCUGAUGAAAAUAGUCCUUCAAAAGUUAAUCAAAUCGAUAUGCAAUUAGUUACAUUACAAAAAGCUUUGCGGGCCUCGACUAGUACAGCAGAAAAAAGGUUUUCUCUAUCGGCGGAAAGUGCGAAAAAAUACCAGUUUGAACCGGAAACAGACAAAUGUUUGGGAAAGGAAUCACAACCUUUCACAGUCGGCUGGCAAUAUCCAGAAGCACCUCAAGAAAAAUCCCAGACUGAAGAAGAAACUGAUAGUAAAGAAUUAGAAGACAAAGUCGAGGAAGACCCUAGCGUUGAAACAUCAGCUGCUGCUGUAGCGCCAGUACGAAAAUUCAUGCUCUCAGGAAUAAAAGAUAAAGAGCCUUAUGAAAAUUUGAUAAAGGCUCUUGGAGGUGAAGUUUCAAUGGAAAACACUUUUGAUUCGACCGCGACGCAUUUACUUUGCAUCAAACCCGCAAGAAAUGAGAAAACUUUGGGCAGUAUAGCAUCUGGGAAGUGGAUUUUGCACUGUACUUAUAUUAAGGACAGUGCUGAUGCAAAAAUGUUCCUUGACGAAGAGAAAUACGAAUGGGGCAAUCCACUGAGCGUAAAAUCAUUAGGGCCCUUAACCAAUGAGACGGAAAAAGCGAUUGCCUCUGCUGCUCAUCGUUGGAGGGUAAAAUUGUCGAUAGAACCGGGCGGUGCCUUCGAAGGAAUGGUGGCUUUGCUCAUGGUUCCGGAGGAAAAGUACGACUCUUUUGAAAGGCUCAUAGUCGCUGGAAAUGGAACUGUAGUUCAAGCAAGAUCGUCUUACGACCCAAACACUUCUGGAAAGAAAAUAACACACUGCUUCAUUCAAAUAAAGUCGAGAGAACAGGCGGUGGAUUGGGCCAGAAUGGCAAGCAAAGGGAUUCUCUGUUUCCAACCUCAGUUUCUUCACAAUCUUCUCACGACUGAAACGCCUCUCAAUCCGCGAGAGAAUGUACUACCAGAGUUCAAAAAGUAUUUGGCUCUUCUUCCUAAGUAAUUUUAACUCGUUCUCACCACGGGAAAUAUGAACCUGUGAUCUACUUUUUUCUGUAUAUAUUAUGUCUGGAGGAUUGGAAUUUUGAUCGGCGUAUUUUUAUAAAGAGAUGUGAUUAUUGAAAGCAAGUACCUUGCACUAUUUUACUUCUGAGAACAGAUGAACCUAAAUUUUAAUUUCAGUUAGUUUCGUCUAUCGACAAGUGUGUACAUAAUUGAUAUUUUUUACUUUCUCAUCAGAGAUGGUAUUAGUUUUAUGUAAAAUUUUAUGUGGCUGGUGUUUUUUCUUGUAGACAAAAUAUAAUUUUCGAAGGUAUUUAUUCCACUUG